GAACUUUCAGAAGCUUAUUCAUUUAGGAGAAGCUCAAGGGUCUGUGAGAAGAAGGAUGGACAUCAUGUCCAGGUAACAUGGCUGGGACAGAUGGCAGCAGACCUGGCCGUGCAGGAGUGGAGUAGUACUAUAAGGAUCAAAGUAUACAUCUAGGCAAUCUGAUGGUCCAAAGUCAUGGCAAAUAGCUAUGGAACAGGAAGAGGUCAUCAAAACACACAGAAAGGUUAAGUAAACCAUGCCAGGAUUAGCAUCGGACCAGAAGAACAACCAAGAAUAUCUUGAAAACUUCGAACAAAGCAGCUUCUUGCUCUACACCAACAUGGCGCAGGAGAACAUGGAAGCCGCACUGGGGUUCCUGAGAAGACCCAGAGGUGCCCCAGAGACCAAUGAUAUUUCACAGAAGCUCCAAGCUGACAUGUUAAAAAUGAGAAGAAACAGUACAUUUACACACCAACACUAUCCGUUGUCAUCGCCUUCUCCCAUACGUACUUCCCUCAGCCGCCUUCAUCAAAUCAAGCAGGAAGAAACCAUGGGUCUAAUGAAGAGAGAAACAAUGCAUGAAUGGGAGACGCAAACGGCAAUAAAGAUGAGUCAAUCUUGGAAAGAAAAUUUGAAGCUGAGUGACGACUUAGAGAAACCAUCAUCCUCUUCAAAGAGCAUUGAUUUAAUUCCAGUGGCCCCAGUGAUUUCUCCCAGGAGGACCGGGAAGCAAUAUUAUUCUUCAUCAUUACAAACUUGCGUGAGUCGCAUGGAUUUGCCUCCAAGUCCUAUUCCCAGUUCUUUGCAGCAAUUUGCAAUAGGAAGUCAAAGCCCUACCAUCACUGUUAGACCAAGUAUCCUUGGAUCACUAAAAAGAAAAGGUGAGAUGGCACGUGAAGAUCAGUCAAAGCGGUUUUUCCGAAGUUCAGCCAAUAUGUUUUCUCCUGAUACUUCCCAACUGUCACGAAAAAAUGUGUGCAGGGAGAAGAACUGGCUUAGUCAGAUAUAGAAUCUUCCCAGUUUGCUCAAGGCAUUACCAAUGGAAUAGCUCCAUCUGUAACCUCAGAUA